UGCCUUCUUCAGCCAGAGCCGCGUCGUGGGUGUGCUGGGUGAGGCAAGGCUGCUCUCCUCUCGGUCUUUUUCCUCUCUCUCUGGGUGCACACCAAGAUGUCGCUGGUCGCCGUGCCUUUUUACCAAAAGCGACACAAGCACUUUGACCAGUCGUACCGCAAUGUUCAGACGAGGUACCUUCUGGAUGAAUAUGCGGAGAAAAAGCGCACAUCCACCCAGUCGUCCUCCCAGAGGUCUCUCUCUCAGAGGUCGUCCUCCCAGAGAGCGACCGGCCAGACGGCGUCUGGAGGGACCACCUGUAGCAUCUGCGCCAAGAGACUGAGCACGGACGCGCUGGAAGAGGAGGAGCACGAGAAGAAACGGAGGUACCAGUCUCUGGUGGCUGCUUACGGGGAGGCCAAGCGGGAGCGUUUUCUCCGGGAGCUGGCUGAGAUGGAGGAGAACGUGCACCUGGCCCGCGCCCAGGCUCAGGACAAGCUGGACAGAUACGCCAUCCAGGAGAUGGUGGAGGACAAGCUGGCGGGCCACAGUCACUCGUACUUGGAGCGGAUGCGCCGGGCCCCCGAGAUCCUGGUGCGCCUGAGGUCCCACACGGUCUGGGAGAGGAUGUCUGUGAAGCUCUGCUUCACCGUACAAGGGUUCCCCACGCCUGUGGUGCAAUGGUACAAAAACGGUAGUUUGAUCUGCCAAGCGGGAGAGCCGGGCAAGUACAGAAUCGAGAGCAAGUACGGCGUGCACACACUGGAGAUCAACAGGGCAAACUUUGACGACACAGCAACAUACUCGGCCGUGGCCACAAACGGGUACGGACAGGUGUCGACCAACGCCGCCGUGGUGGUGAGAAGGUUCCACGGGGACGAGGAGCCGUUGCACUCGGUGGGACUCCCGAUUGGAUUGCCCCCUUCGUCCGUGAUUCCGUACAUGCACUUUGACGUCCAGUUUCUGGAGAAGUUUGGGGUCACCUUCAGGAGGGAAGGUGAGACGGUCACUCUCAAGUGCACACUGCUGGUGACCCCGGAGCUGAAGAGGGUGCAGCCGCGCGCCGAGUGGUACAGGGACGAUGUGCUGCUGAAGGAGUCCAAGUGGACCAAGAUGUUCUUCGGAGAAGGCCAGGCCUCCCUGUCCUUCAGCCACCUGAACAAGGACGACGAGGGCCUGUACACCCUGAGGAUUGUGUCCAGAGGGGGCAUCAGCGAGCACAGUGCCUUCAUGUUUGUCCGAGACGCUGACCCGCUGGUCACUGGGGCUCCGGGCGCGCCCAUGGACCUGCAGUGCCACGACGCAAACCGCGAUUACGUCAUCGUGACUUGGAAGCCACCCAACACCACCACCGAGAGCCCUGUCAUUGGCUAUUUCAUUGAUCGAUGUGAAGUGGGAACUGACAAUUGGGUUCAGUGCAAUGACGCCCCUGUGAAAAUCUGCAAAUACCCCGUGACCGGACUCUUUGAAGGAAGGUCGUACAUUUUCCGCGUGAGGGCAGUCAACAGCGCGGGCAUCAGCAGGCCUUCCAGAGCGUCCGAGGCCGUGGCUGCCCUUGACCCUAUUGACCUCAAGAGGUUACAAGCGGUCCAUUUGGAGGGGGAUAAAGAAAUCGUCAUCUACCAGGAUGACCUCGAAGGCGAUGUUCAGAUCCCAGGGCCUCCCACCAACGUGCACGCCUCAGAAAUCAGCAGAACAUAUGUCGUCCUCAGCUGGGACCCACCUGCUCCCCGCGGCAAGGAGCCGCUGAUGUAUUUCAUCGAAAAGUCCGUGGUUGGGAGUGGGACCUGGCAGCGGGUCAACGCGCAGACGGCCGUGAGGUCCCCUCGGUACGCCGUGUUUGACCUCGCUGAUGGGAAGCAGUAUGUGUUCCGGGUUUUGUCAGCCAAUAAGCAUGGCCUGAGCGACCCGUCGGAGAUCACCGUGCCCAUCCAGGCUCAGGAUAUGAUUGCGGUCCCUUCUGCCCCGGGCCGGGUUCUGGCAUCGCGGAACACGAAGACAUCGGUUGUGGUGCAGUGGGACAGGCCGAAGCACGAGGAGGACCUGCUGGGCUAUUACGUGGACUGCUGUGUGGCAGGGUCCAAUGUGUGGGAGCCGUGCAACCACAAGCCCAUUGGCUACAACAGGUUUGUGGUGCAUGGCCUGACAACCGGUGAGCAGUACAUAUUCCGGGUGAAGGCCGUCAAUGCUGUCGGCACAAGCGAGAACUCGCAGGAGUCCGACGUCAUCAAGGUCCAGGCCCCCCUCACUGUCCCUUCGCAUCCUUACGGGGUCACGCUUCUGAACUGCGAUGGCCACUCCAUGACCCUUGGCUGGAAGGUGCCCAAAUUCAGCGGGGGCGCCCCCAUCCUCGGCUACUACAUAGACAAGCGCGAGGCGCGCCAUAAGGACUGGCACGAGGUCAAUUCUUCGCCCAUCAAAGAGAGGAUCUUAACGGUGGAGGGCUUGACAGAAGGCUCACUCUAUGAGUUCAAAAUCACUGCCGUCAACCUGGCCGGGAUCGGGCAACCAUCGGACCCCAGCGAGCUUUUCAAGUGUGAGGCCUGGACCAUGCCCGAGCCUGGUCCUGCCUAUGAUCUGACAUUCUGUGAAGUCCGAGACACGUCCCUGGUCCUGCUGUGGAAGCCCCCCGUGUACUCCGGCAGUGGCCCCAUCACGGGCUAUUUCGUGGACUAUAAGGAAGAGGACUCUGGGGAGUGGGGCACCGUGAACGAGGCAGCAACCGCCAACCGUUAUCUGAAGGUCUGUGACCUGCACCAGGGCAAGACCUAUGUCUUCAGGGUCCGGGCCGUGAACGCCAGAGGGGUGGGGAGGCCAUCGGACGUGUCUGAGCCGGUGCUCCUGGAGACCCGACCAGGCACGAAGGAGAUCAGUGCCGGCGUGGACGAGGAAGGCAACAUCUACCUGAGCUUCGACUGCCCAGAAAUGACGGACGCGUCCCAGUUCACGUGGUGCAAAGCCUAUGAGGAGCUCGUGGACGACCAGAAAUUCCGGGUGGAGACAGUGGGAGACCACUCGAAGCUGUACUUUAAAAACCCGGACAAAGGGGACCUGGGCACCUACUCGGUGUCCGUGAGUGACACGGACGGAGUGUCCUCCAGUUUCGCCCUGGAUGAGGAAGAGCUCGAACGUUUAAUCGCACUGAGCAACGAAAUCAAGAACCCCACAAUUCCUCUGAAAUCAGAAUUAGCUUAUGAGAUUUUUGAUAAGGGCCAGGUUCGCUUCUGGCUGCAGGCCGAGCACUUGUCACCGGACGCCAGCUACCGGUUUAUUAUUAACGACCGAGAAGUCUCUGACAGUGAGAAACACAGAAUUAAGUGCGACAAAGCUACUGGCAUUAUCGAGAUGGUCAUGGACCGAUUUACGACUGAGAACGAAGGCACCUACACUGUGCAGAUACAUGACGGAAAAGCCAAGAAUCAGUCUUCUCUGGUUCUCAUCGGAGAUGCGUUCAAGGCUCUCCUAGACGAGGCUGAAUUUCAAAGGAAGGAAUUCCUCAGGAGGCAAGGCCCUCACUUUGCGGAGUACCUGCACUGGGAUGUUACAGACGAGUGUGAAGUUCGGCUUGUUUGUAAGGUUGCAAACACCAAGAAAGAGACAGUUUUCAAGUGGCUGAAGGAUGAUGCUCUGUAUGAAACAGAAGCGUUGCCGGAUCUGGAGAAGGGGGUCUGCCAGCUCCUCAUACCCAAGCUGUCAAAGAAGGACCUCGGUGAAUAUAAGGCGACCCUGAAAGACGAGAGAGGUCAAGAUGUCUCUGUCCUUGAGAUAGCUGGCAAAGUGUAUGAGGACAUGGUGUUGGCAAUGAGCAGAGUGUGUGGGGCAUCUGCUUCUCCCCUGAAAGUGCUCUGCACCGAAGAAGGAAUAAGACUUCAGUGUUUCAUGAAAUACUUUACCGAAGAAAUGAAAGUGAACUGGUAUCACAAAGAUGCCAAGAUUGCGUCUAGCGAGCAUAUGAGGAUUGGCGGCAGCGAGGAGAUGGCCUGGCUGCAGAUCUGUGAGCCUACGGAAAAGGACAAAGGGAAAUACACCUUCGAGAUUUUUGACGGCAAAGAUAACCAUCAGCGCUCCCUCGACCUGUCUGGGCAGGCGUUCGAUGAGGCCUUUGCAGAAUUCCAGCAGCUCAAGGCGGCCGCUUUUGCAGAGAAGAAUCGUGGCAAGGUGAUUGGAGGCUUACCUGAUGUGGUGACCAUAAUGGAGGGCAAGACCUUGAACCUGACCUGCACGGUGUUUGGAAACCCUGAUCCCGAAGUGGUGUGGUUCAAGAACGACAAGGACAUCGAGCUCAGCGAGCACUUCUCGGUCAAGGUGGAGCAGGCCAAGUACGUCAGCAUGACCAUCAAGGGCGUGACCUCGGAGGACUCGGGCAAGUACAGCAUCAACGUCAAGAACAAGUACGGGGGCGAGAAGAUCGAUGUCACCGUCAGCGUGUACAAGCACGGGGAGAAGAUCCCCGACAUCGCCCCGCCACAGCAGGCGAAGCCAAAGCUCAUCCCGGCCUCGGCCUCCGGGCUGGCCCCGUGACGCAGCGGCUGCCCAGGGCGGGGCGGG